GAGGCUCAGUCAGUCUGCUGGCACAGAGGGAGGCUGCAGCCACUUCUCCGUGUCUUCAUUCUCUACAGGUACAUCUCUCGCUGUCUAGCAGGGGGAAAAAAGUCACCCGGAUUUAGUUAAAGAGAAAAAAAAAGAAAAGAAAAAGAGAGACCCUUUCUUCACGUGCAUUUCUCCACCCGAUGUGAAAAAAGGAGCGCAGAUAAAAAGAGAAGAGAAAUGGGAGCGUUCAGGAUGCUGCUGGGGAGUUUACAUUACGUGGGACUCUACAUUCAACUUAGUAUCUGCACAAGGCAAGCUGGACACGGCGAGAUAGAGAACCACAUCUCUGGGAACGCCAUGUUCACAGAGGUGCCUCAUGAUAUGACGGCUCAGAGAGGGCAGGACGUGGAGAUGGCGUGCUCCUUCAGAGGGGCGGGGACACCCUCGUAUUCACUGGAGAUCCAGUGGUGGUACAUCAGGAACCAUGCGGACUGGACCGACAAACAGCCCUGGACAACCAAUGAAUUGGCUCCAGAGGAGGAAAUGCCAAAGGAUGCUACAAAGAUAAGUGUCGUGAAGGUCGUUGGAAGCAACAUCUCCCAUAAACUCCGCCUCUCCCGGGUCAAACCUUCUGACGAAGGCAUCUACGAAUGCCGCGUCAUCGACUUCAGUGACAUCGAAGGUGCUCGCCACCACCGCGUCAGAGCGUACCUGCAGGUGGUGCCAGAGAGCGAAGUCAUCGACAGCACCCACCAUGACAACUUUGAAGCCCUGGACGACACCAAGGAAGGUGUGCCAUUCAAAGAGGGAGACGGCAUGGAGUCUCACAGAGGCACCAAAGAGCACGCUCACGGCCAUCACCAGAACCAUGGGCACCACCAGGAGAACGGCAAGCGGCCUUCUUCGCCCACCCACCAUGGCCACAGCCACAGCGGAAGCGGUCAGCAGCACAAGGCGGGCAGAGAGCUGAGGAAGAGGGACGUGGACAGUAACCACAACAACAAUGACUGCAGCAAUGAGCCGAGCUGUGCACUGUAGAUGAUGGCUUGAUUACACCUGAGUGGUUGAUUUCACAAGGAUUCAAUAACUUGAUGUAUGUCACCGCAUAAAAAGCUAUUCUUCCCACACAGAGUACAAAUCAAAAAUACUUAGAAAUGUGCAGUAUGGCUUAUUCAACUGUGCUUGGAAAGUAGCUUUUUGUUGCUGUGCAUGGAUCUGGGUUUGGACUGCUCACUGUCUAUAAAGCCUGGCUUCACGACAUUCGGUAAAGGGGUGGCUGUUGUAGAUUUAAGGAGCUCCUCUGUUUCCGUUCUCAGCACCAAUGAAAAAGACUCUCGUCUUACUGUCAACCCAUGCUCCUCUGUACUUUAGAUACUGUAAAUGACACAGCCUUGCUAUCAUGCCCAUACUCCUUCCACUGCCUUACACUUUCAUUUGAUGCACCCUUCAGAAAAAAGGAGAGCAUUUUACCUUUUGUAAAUGGGUCCAUGCCCAGUCAAAGAAAAUUAUCCUUUUAUUCAGAUUGUGCACUGAAUGAAACUCAACUGUCAGCAAUUUUGUCCUUGAUCUCUUGUCCAGUCUGAUUCCUUAGCUUUCUACCAAAAGCACAAGCUUCAUUGCAUCCUUUUGUGUAUAAAUCGACAUGGAUACGGUGCAAAUCUGCAGACAACGAUAACUCAAUACGUAAUUCUGUGUUUACUCACAGGGAGAAAAAAAAACAGCUUUCUUCAGCACAAAUCUAUCAUGGAUAAGUAAAGCCUCAGUUCAUUUGAGUUGAAGUAAAUCCAGUAGAAAGUGUGGGCUUUUUUUUAAACACAUUUUAGCACAAUUCAAACAAAGCACAUCACAGCUUGUAAUUACCCCACAGUUCUUUUGAGCUUUUCACAGCCUCCCCCCCUCUUUGUGCUGCAGGUUCGAUCCAUUCAUGGUUGUUCAGGCUGAGAGAAAUCAAUCACGCUGUUCCAUUUGGACCGCCACCUGUUUGGAAAGCCAUGAAAACAUCAAAAUCUGUGGCACUAAAUUAAAAAUCUGAUUUGGUGUUCCUCUGAGUCAACUCUGUGGCCAUAAAUCAACUGAAGAAAUCCAUCCAUCUUGGAGCGUGUUACUUUUUGGGAAGAGCAGUGCUGUAUUUCUACCCAGGCUUUGCUCUCUUACUCUGAUGCUCAUCAAUCAUUUGAAAAGCCUCAAUCCUCUCCACUACAAGCCUCUAAUCCACUCUGUAAAUAUGACUGUAUUAUACGAAAUAAAGUGAGUGCAUGUUCAGUAAUUUUCUUAAAAACUUUUUUCAACCAACCAUAGACAAAGCCAGUGUGCUAGUUAAGGAUAUUUCUGUUAUUUGUUAGUUUCUGUUCAUUUAAAACACUGAAGUCCAUUCUGUUUUGAUUACCUUUUAUUCCACUUUUGAAUGUCCUGUCAAAUAGAGCUCUUGUUUUUCACUCGUUUUGUUGCUUUUACCGCUCUCCAGAAGUGCUGUACAGACAGAUGAAUGACACAUUCUCUUCAUAGCUGCUCAGAAAAGGGGUUUCCCUUAUGUAUCUUAGUAUCCAAUCAGUCUUUCUUAAACUACUGAACCGUAUGUGCAGGGCUGCUUACAUGAGCGUUACCAUGUUAUUAAUGAGCGAGAACGUGGGAAGCUUUUCAUGCAGUUUGGUACAAAGUUUGAAAGGCCAUUUUAAUCCUGCCAACUUUAUAACCCGAUGAUAAUGUCUUUGCUUUGAUGCUUGUUUGACAUGCUGGACAAUAUUCCACUCUGAAGUAAUCAGAAGGGACAAAGUACAUGUAGGUAGCACACUGUAUCGAGCCUUGAGCAGUGAGGGGAGAAGGAACAGCAAAAUGUUGAUGUUGAUGUAACACCGAACACGGCGGUCAUUUCGCCUAAAAUACAGCCUGUGUCUCAAGGCCAUGAGGGCUUUUACUUCCUCGCUGUGUUAUCCAUCAGAAGAACUACAGUGCUCCUGUGCUUCUUGACAGUCCCUGUAAACUAAAAAAGGAUGCUGCAGUGGAGGGAGGAGUGAUCAGUGGGGUUAGUUUUUUAUGUUUCAAUGAGUAACUUUGAUUUAAUGUUUUGUAAAGAAGAAAUCACUGGUUAAAAAAAAGAGGGAAAUGUACAUUUCUUCUAGAAUGUUUGGUCUCACACUAAGUGUAUGGCUUUAUCAAAUGAAAUAAAUUGUAUAUGAAA